AUGACCCUUGCACGGCAGCAUGUUCUUCUGGCCGCAUUUACAGCCUUCAUCGCGUGGGGGCUUGCCGUUCGUUCCUUUCCCGUCCUGCGUUUCCUGGGGUACGCCUUCUCACUCGGAUGCCUCGUCCCCGUAUUCCUUCUGGUCGCAGCCACUUCGACCAUCACCAGGUCACGAGCAAGAUACCAGUACGACCGCUCUCUUGCUGCAUACUCUCCCGCAUUCCUUGUCCCUCAGCGAUGGCGGGCAGAAGUCUCGAUCGUGGAGGCCUCUCGGCAGUACCAACCCCUUCCGCUGUUCGACCAAUCCUUCGUUGUCUCACAGGCCCUUGACACCUUGAUUGGUCUUACUUUGAGGGACUUUGUGUCCUCAUGGUACCAGAAUAUAUCGACAAGCCCAGUAUUUGUCAAUGAGGUGGACAGAAAUAUCCGGGCCGCCCUAGCGGAGGUCAGAGAUCGCAUCCUCAGGGAGGACAUGGUCAACAUGCUCGUGUCCAGAAUCGUGCCCAUCCUGUCAGCGCACCUACGGGACUAUGACAAAGCUGAGCGGGCUGUCCGAGGUCGCAGCCUGAAUCGUAGCGUCACCGAGUCGGAAGAGCUUGAGCUGGCAAUUGCAGCGAAAUACAAGGAUGGGAAACUGCACCCGGCCGCGUCUCUUGCCUUCCCCGACACUAAGACAAUCCAGCAAGACCACCUGCGCAAGAUUCUGGUCCGCAUUCUUCCAUAUCUCCUGCCACCAGCCAUGAUGGCUAGCCGCACCACUUUGGUAUUGGUCAAGGAACUCAUUGCCUGUGCUGUGCUGUUCCCAAUCAUGCAGCUUCUUGCAGACCCAGAUACAUGGAAUCAAAUUGUGGAAUCUUAUGGGCGAACCACUCUACACGACCGGAAGACCGUCCGAAGGAUGCGGGCCGCUCUGGAUCAGCACGCUUCCCCGAUACCUAAAGGGAAAAGUAAUCAGGAACUACCGCGUCUUGCACCGAACGACAGCGAACGUGCAUUUGAGCGAUUUGUCAGAGCCAUACGCAAGACUAAGAGCUUGUCUGAUGCUCGGAGGUUUCGCAGUUCAAUAGUCAGUCAGAUACAGCGCGAGAGCAUGGUCGAGGGCCAGGACCCGGUCUACCUACGGCGGUUAGAAAUGGCAAAGCGUGUGCUUGACCAAAAGAUUGCAAAGCUCAGCUCCAUGAGACCGGUACCACAGGUGAUUCCCCUGAAUCCCGAGUCACGGGCCCAGCACACCGGACAGCCUCGUGACUGGACGUUGGUGGAAAUCAUGCACACCGCAGCAGGGCUGUCGUACUUCAUGGAGUAUAUGGAUCGGCUGCAAAAGACAUCUUUGGUCCAGUUCUGGGUAGUGGUAGAUGGGUUUCGAAAUCCUCUUGAGGACGAUUUUGGUGACGAGCUAAAUCCUCAACAGACUUGGACAGAUGCUGAUCGAAUGGACAUCGCACAAAUCAGUGAAACGUACAUGUCAAAGCCCGAACUAAACAUGCCGCAGGAGUCCAAGGACGCCAUCAGGGCAUUUCUCAUUGCUGGUCGGAAUGCGACGCCACAGCAAUAUAGAGCGGCCCGGACAGCCAUCCUUUCCGGUCAAUCCGCUGUACUGGAGGAGUUGGAGACACGCUACCUUCCACACUUUCGAAAGUCGGAUCUCUAUUUCAAGUUUCUUACUUCUGUGGAGGUGGCGGCGAUGCGUCCUGGUCCCCAAAAUCCGAGCGAUGUUGCAGAACUUGCUGAAACAUCUCCGAUGAUUGCCUCCAAACCCGCAAUCCAGGCCUCUGCGAUGACGCGAACGAACUCCCAGCCUGCUUUCCGCACCAAAGAUUUAAGACGAGCCGCAAUAUCUUCGUCAGAUGUUCGCAGCCUCGCAUCAUCAAAGCUCUUCGACGAUUCCGAUUCCGAACCGGUAAAGCGUUCCGGAAAUAUCGGACCGCUAUUCGACGACGGUUAUGAAACUGAUCCAUUGGCAAAUUCAACUCAUAGCUUAGGCCAAGAGUCACAGAAUGGCGACUCAGCUGAACAGCGUCGAGUGAUCGAGAAUAUGGAAGCGGCCAUGAAUAACAUCAUGACCGAUAGUCCAAUGGAAGAGAGUAUGAGCUACGAUGAUGAUGCGCUAUUCGGAUCUCCAGUAUCGGCGUCUCAAUCUUCCAGGAACAUAGACUCUCCCCGAGGAUCUCUGGAUUUCCAAAGUACUGACAACGCAAGCAGACCGAAACCCAGUCUUGCAACUUUGGGCCUUGUUAACACCUCGUCUCGCAUUGGAGUGUUCUCGGAUAACGAUCUCUUUCCGGAUGAGGAGAAAUUUCCCGAAGAUGAGUACAUAGAUGAGGAUGAAGGGAAAGAAAACGAUGCGGAAGAAGAUGAGAUCCACGAAGCGGCACCAGGGGAUCUCGGGCUCGCAGAGGCAAUAAGUGCGCUUACCAACGACAUUGAACGACUGGUUUCGCAAGAAUCGGUAGUGGACGCAUUGACCCGAAAAGCCGAGUUGACAAACAACGUCGCCGAACUACGAAUCCUCGCCAAAUCAAGAUCGAGUCUUCAAAGAGAGAUCCGGCGGAAGGAGCUGCAACGCCAACAAUACAUUGUACAGGAGAGUGACAACAGCUUAUACGGCCGGUCAAGUAUCUCGAUCAAGUCAGUGGUGGCAGGAAAGGAGGAGGAUGGCCGAGAGUUCGCCUUGUAUGUCAUCGAAGUUCACAGACAGGCUGGAGAUCAGAUUCCUGCUGCCGUCUGGGCAAUCCCGCGGCGAUAUUCAGAGUUUCAUGAUUUGCACCAAAAGUUACGUCGCCGAUAUCCCUCUACAAGAAGUCUUGAAUUUCCUCGGCGUCGAGUUGUAAUGAAGCUUCAGAAACAAUUUCUUCAGAACCGCCGGCUUGCGUUGGAGCGGUACCUACAGCAAUUGCUCCAAAUGCCGGAUGUCUGUCGAAGCCGCGAAUUGAGGUCGUUCCUAUCGCAACAAAGCGUCAUAUCUCCCCACAACACGAGUAAUGCGUCGGACGCUCAGGAUAUUGUGACACGUAUCUACAAUUCUGUCACCGAAGGCAUGGAUGAUUUUCUGGGCAAUGUCUCGGUGCUCGACCAACUCACGGUAGCGGGUCAGAAUCUGAUUUCGGCCGCUACCAACCAGCUUGGGAUCAGUCAAGGGGACGUUGUUACCAUGGAACCUGGUCCCGUGGCGGAGGCGGAAGCCGAAUUGUCGGCCUUCGAAGACAAGGAGUUGGAGCCAUUUGUCAAGCCCAUUUGCGAUUUGUUUCUGGAGACAUUUGAGCUCAAUCGGGGGAACAAUUGGCUCCGUGGUCGUGCGGUCAUUGUGGUCCUGCACCAAUUGCUUGGGGGUACAAUCGAACGUAAAGUCCGGGACCUCGCCAAAGGUUUUACUCAAGAGGAAUCGCUGCUCAAAUAUAUUGAGAUGGUCAAAGAAGCAAUGUGGCCCAGUGGUGGCAAGCUGCGGGAUGGCAAGCCACGGACCGUGUCAGAGAAGAAGAAGUCUAAAGAGGAGGCAUCCAUGAUGUUGGCGAUACUCAUCCCAGAUUUGGCAGCCAAUGUCGUGGGUCGAACAAAUGCCCAAGCAGCAGCUCGAAGAUUGUCGGCGACAAUGAACAAUGCCCGACUUAAUCAACAUCUUGUCUUCACAAUCCUGGACGAGGUUGUUGGGGUACUGUUCGGUCCUAACAAAGGGUGA